CGUCCUCACUCACUCAUUCACUCAUUCUCUCUCCUCAGCCCCCAUAUUCUCAACUUAUUUUGUAUUAUACUCUCUAUUCGAUCUUCAAUGGAGUUGUACAUUUUCUUCCUUACAAUUUCUUUCUCCUUUUUUUCUUGUUAUAUUUUCGCCAAAAAAAUCAUCAACUAUCUUAACCCUUGGUGUAAGUGUGAGAUUUGCCAAGCUUUCAUAACCUCGAGUUGGAGAGAAAAGUUUACAAAUCUCCCCGAUUGGUAUGCCCAUCUCUUAAGUAACUCCCCUACGAAAACAAUCCAUAUUCAUAUCAUGAAUAAUACAAUUAUCGCGGACCCGAAGAAUUUGGAGCACAUUCUUCGGGCCAGGUUCGAUAACUACCCCAAGGGUAAGCCCAUGUCGGCUAUCCUUGGGGACUUGUUAGGACAAGGGAUAUUUAUUGUCGACGGGGAACACUGGCGGUUCCAACGAAAGCUCGCUAGUCUCGAGCUAGGGGCGGUCUCGGUCCGAGCCUACGCUUAUGAGGUCCUUAAUAACGUUGUUGAGGAACGACUUGUACCCGACCUGUUGACAUCUUCAGGGGAAGCAGUAGACUUUCAAGACGUAUUAAAGAAAUUUUCUUUUGUUAACAUAUGUAGGUUCUCGUUCGGGGUUGACCCAGAGGGCCUAGACGGGCUUGCUGGGGCAUUUGAUAUUGCUUCUAGUGUAUCUUCUGAGCGGGCCCUUUGCCCGUCUCAGCUCGUUUGGCGGGCAAAGCGGCUGCUUAACCUCGGGUCUGAGAGACGGCUAAAGGCUGCAAUUUCCAAAGUCAAUAUCCUUGCCGAGAACAUCAUACGGGAGAGGAAGAAGAAAGGGUUCAACAAUAAAAGCGACUUAUUGUCACGUUUUAUGGGCAGUGUUUCAGAUGACAAGUACUUAAGGGACAUUGUGGUUAGUUUCCUUCUUGCGGGCCGAGACACCGUGGCUUCGGGCCUUACAAUAUUCUUCUACCUUAUGGCCCGAAACCCAAAUGUUGAAGCCCGGAUACUCGAAGAGAGUGACCGGGUUUUGGGUCAACGGUUGUCUUCUUGUAACACUGCCAUUCCCACCAUGGAGGAAUUGAGGAAAAUGGAAUAUCUUCAAGCGGUGAUGUACGAGACCUUAAGGUUGUACCCACCUGUCCAAAUGGACUCCAAGUUUGCUAAAAACGACGACGUUUUACCCGAUGGGACACACGUGAAAAAGGGUACGCGAGUUGCAUACCACCCGUAUGCUAUGGGUCGUAUGGAAACUAUAUGGGGCCCGGACUGCUUAGAGUUUAAGCCUGAAAGGUGGUUAAACGAUGAAGGGGUGUUCGUGCCAGUGAGCCCGUACAAGUACCCGGUAUUUCAGGCCGGGGUCAGGCCUUGUUUGGGAAAGGAUAUGGGGUUGUUGGCCAUGAAAGUGGUGGCACAUACUCUUGUAAGACGGUUUCAUAUAAGAUUGGUUGACCCCAGUUGGUCCCCUCACUUCGUCCCUGGUCUCACCGCCACCCUUAAAGACGGAAUGCCGGUUGUUGUAACCGAGCGUUGAGUUUAAGGAGACAAAUUAAUGAUUGAUUGAUCCCAAUGCAUGAAUCUCUGCCAUGAAGAUCUUAAUAUUUUAAUCAUAGUACAACAAACACUAAUUGCACACCACAUGCAAUUAGUUAGUGUAUGCUAGAGGUAAGUGCUUAGGUAACACGCUAUUUCAUGUGCAUGUUUUUGGGUAUGAAGGUUUAUUUUUUCCGAUGAAAUAGUGCUUGUUUGGUUGAUACGAGACAUGAGUUAUCAAACAAGCACAUAUCAUGGUUGCUAAAUAUUGUGUGUGGUACGUACAUAAACUAGCUUAGUACCAUUAUAAAAUAUAUAUGUACAUAAUAUCAUUUUCAAUUUCAAAUUUAGUAAAGUUUAUAUACAUAAUAUCAUUUUCAA